AUGAAGACAUGGAGGGUUUUGCUCAUCUUCCUGAUUCUUUUAUCUCUGAAUCUUCUGCUUUAUAUUGUCCGGAAUGCAGCAAACCUCCCAGCUCUUAAACUCCUGAGUUUCGUGCCGGAGAAGGUCGUCACAAUUCCCACCAUCUUCCUCAUCACCCCGACGUACGCCCGUCCAGUCCAGAAAGCAGAGCUGACUCGCCUCUCCCAAACGUUUCGGCAAGUCCCAGCCCUGCACUGGAUUGUGGUGGAAGACGCCCCACGAAAGACUCGGCUAGUCACCAACUUCCUGCAGAACUCGGGGAUCCCGUACACUCACCUUUGCGCCCAGACCAGGAAAGGGGUGACCAAAGCCCGUGGGACCUUCCAAAGGAAUUUGGGCCUCAGCUGGCUGCGGGAGACAUUUUACCCCGAGGACGCCCCCGAGGGAGUGGUGUACUUCGCAGAUGAUGACAAUACCUACAGCCUGGAGAUCUUUGAAGAGAUGAGAUACACAAAGAAGGUCUCGGUUUGGCCGGUGGCUUUUGUUGGGGAGCUCCGCUAUGAAUCGGUGAAGGUCAACAUGGAAGGGAAGGUGGUCGGGUGGUUGGUGAAAUAUGCCCCAGAGCGGCCAUUCGCCAUAGACAUGGCCGGAUUCGCCAUUAACUUGAAGCUAAUCCUGGAGAAACGCACAGCAACGUUUCGUCUGGAUGUACCUGGGGGGUACCAAGAGCCCAGUCUACUGCAGGACCUGGUGACAAUGGAGGAGCUGGAGCCCAAGGCUGACAACUGCACCAAGAUUUUGGUGUGGCACACAAGGACUGAAACUCCAAGUCUAAAAAAUGACAAAAACUACACGGACAUAAAUAUUGAAGUUUAAGUGAAGAUGAAAAAAUAAAAUAAGUGAUCGAAAUUGAGACAAAUCACCCAGGAGAGACGCGUCGAUGACAUAUUUCUGUAUUUAUGAAUUGACUGGAGCCAGGCGGAGCUGGAAAAGACCAGGCUGACCCGAGAACGAUGGGCCAGGGCCACAAUAUUCA